AUGGCACAACAACUAGUACAGCUUAAUCCUGGUGAUCAAGUUGAUCGUUGGCAUAUCGAUAGAAAACUCGGUGAGGGUGGUUUCGGUGCUGUUUAUCUGGUAUCAGAUCCAACCGGAAAGUAUGCGUUGAAAGUUGAAGGUGUCAACGAACAGAUUCAGGUACUCAAAAUGGAGGUAUAUGUACUUACUGAGCUAAAUAAACGUAACAAUAGACAUUUUUGUAAAAUUGAAGACAAAGGACGUUUUGGAUCAUUCAAUUAUGUCGUCAUGACUCUGGUCGGCAAAAGUUUGCAGGACCUUCGUAAAGCAGGUCCAGGACAACAUCUUUCAAUGGGUACGGCGCUUGGUGCGGGAAUUCAAGCACUGGAGGCACUGGAAGAUCUUCAUUCAAUUGGCUAUCUUCAUAGAGAUGUAAAACCGGGAAAUUAUACAAUUGGUCGCCCAGAAUUGAAUGAAUUGCGCAAAGUUUAUGUACUCGAUUUUGGGAUGUGCCGAAAAUUCACGAAUUCUCAGAAUGUCAUCCGUAAGCCAAGAGCGGCAGCCGGUUUUCGUGGUACAGUACGUUAUGCGCCUAUUUCGUGCCAUCUUCAGCGUGAGCUGUGCCGUAAGGAUGACGUUGAAACAUGGAUUUAUAUGCAAGUCGAACUUACCACCGGCAACUUACCGUGGAAGAAUGUCGCUGAUAUGAAUCAAGUUGGCGAAUAUAAGAAGCGAUGUCGGUUUGAACCAGCGAUAAAUGAGCUAUUAGGUGGUUGCGCUCCGGAACUGCGACAAAUUUUGCAAAUCGUUGAUGCGCUUAAAUAUUACGACCAACCACCAUAUCAGCAAAUUUACCAGCUGAUGCGCCAAUCUUUCCAGACUAUGGGGUGCCAGGAAUUUCCAUAUGACUGGGAGAAACCCGGUGGCGGUGUCUUUUAA